UUUUUAAUCCUCCAGAAGCUACAUGGUUAUUUACCACGCUGUGUAAAAGCUGUAGACAAAUUAUUACUCAUGAUUGCUGCGUUGUAAAAAAUAUUUUGUUGUUAUAAUAAACAUAAAGGAAAAUCUUAGUUACAGUAACCUAGUAAGUGUAACUUAGUGGAAGAUAUCUUAUAUGGCGAUGAGCAGAAGAUGAGUUUACUUUGUCAUUACUGAUUUCUUAAAGCACCAAAAAUUUGGUAUUUGCUUUUUAAUUCCAGGACAACUUGAUGGUUUUUAUUAUGUACUAGCAUUAUAUUUUUAUAUCCUAAUCUUUGUAGUUGAAAAGUAACGUUCUUUUAGCUAUCUAAAGCUAACACCACUUUUAUAUUCGUGUCUAAGAAACAAAUUUGCAUGUUACUUAAAUAGGCACUUUUUUGUUUUUAAAUUUUUUUUAAAUAACAGCUUAUCUUAUUCUAGCACAGGAUAACGUACUUAUUUAGUAUUAUAGAAAACAGACAAAAAUGUUCUUAAAACUUGUUGACAUUGUCACUUUUUCUACAUCGCUCAAAAUGUUCUUAAAAUGGGCAAUAUGAACUUUUGGUAAUGUCAGAGAGGAGCCAAGUGCAAAAUAAAAACAAUGCCACUGGCAAUAUACAGUACACAACUCUCCAAGAACUCUAAGAACGAUUUAGUAUUUCUCCAAAAUAAGAGCACUUUAGAUUAAUAAAAUUGUUAUGUAUAUAUGCUAGGAAUGUUCUUUAUACUUUAAUCAUUAGGAAACUUUUAUGACGUCAGUUUUGUGUCCAGUGAAGUCAAGAAGUCUGAUUUUUCCGUGUAAAAUUAAUUUGUCAAUUUAUUUUACAAUCAUUUCAAGAAUUAAAGCAUAAAAGUUAUAGUACAAGUAAUACCGAAAAAGAAAGUGCUUUACAACAACGAUACAAAUAGGUUUGUUACUCUUAUGUGUGGGGUCAUAUCCAAUUAAAAAUGACAUCAUCAGAUAUAUAUCUAGGUGCAGUGAGUUGGCAAUUUUAUGACUAAACCACAAGCAGCUUAGGAUAUAUUCCGCCUAGAAAGCUCUCUUCUCCUCCCAGUUCUGAACAGGCCCAAAAGCCCACAGUAAGUCCUUUGUUAUAAUGUUAAAAUGAUUUGACAGCGAAAAUGGUGACUUCUGUGAAAAUUAGGAAUUUCAAUAAGCUCUUUUUUUAUUUUUUUUUUAAAUUAUUAGAAAUAUUAGAAAUUAGAAGUAGUUUGAAAAACAGGAGUUUUAGGAUCUACGUUUAUGUAACAAAGUAUUAAAGAAGUCGUCCAUUCAAUUCAAACGUAAUUAUUAAAAAUUAAAAAGUUAAAUUAUAUGUAAUUGCAUAUUUUCGUAAUUCUUUUUCUUAGGCUGUACUAGCCUUUUUAGAAGUAAAAAUCUGCUACUGUAAAUGCAAUGAGGGUACGAAAGAAUACGAAACAGAAAUUUAAAGAAUCAAUUGCUUUGAAGCUUUAACAAAGAAUGUGAGAUGUGGCAUACUGAGUAACUCUUCCUUCCCUAUUUGUUAAAAAUAGGAGAAAACAGAAAGACUUGGGCAAUUACCGUAACAUUAAUAGUUAAUAAAAGUUUUAUUGAAACCUGAUCUUCGAAAGAAGGAAAAACACUUAAUUCCAACAAAAACAUGAAGGUUUUGUACAUACUAAUGCUGUCCAGAUUACUACCUGUUAACUUAAUUCAAUUUCAACGAUUCAAAUCUGGAGACAACUGGAGAAAUCAAACCUGCCAUAAUGGAACUUACGUUAUAAGAGAAAAAGGGAAAGUGGACUGUAUUUCACGUAUGGAACACACAGAUUGCACAUGGAAAUUUAAUUCUGACAAUCCUGACCUUACUGGUUUCAUUCCGAAAUCAAACAUAACCACAUUAAAUGUCCGAUUACUUGAGAAGAGUCACCCUUCAGGUAAUCUAACAUGUGCUAAUUACACCGCGGGAAGAAUAGCUGUUCAAAACAAGUACAUGAAUUCAUCUUUGUGGAAUUCUGACAUUGGUGAAAGAAUCAUCAAGAAAACUUUAAGCUAUCAAUUUAAUUAUUCAACAAAAUCUGUUGAAAUAGGUUUCACUAAACAUUGGGAUGGAUACCUUAUCAAACUGUUUAUAAAUUGUUUGGAUAAAGAUGGACAAAAUAUUGUGCCCCACUCAACAACAAGAUGCGUGGUUGUAAAAUAUGAAGGGAUUAUAACAUAUCCGAUAAAUAGCGAUGCUUCCUCACACACAACAGUAUCGGCAACGUUGACUUCAUCAGCGACAGAAGCAGAUGCUACAACAACAGCGACAACAACAUUAUCAACAAAAGCAACAACCAGAUCAACGUCUACAAAAUCACUGACAACGCCAUCAACUUCAACAACAUCAUCAAAGACAUCAACGUCAACAACACCAUCAACCUCAACAACAUCAACAACUACAAGAACUUCACCAACAACAAUAGUAAGCACUACUAUGUCAGCAAUGACAACACCUUUCUCGACAUCAGCAACAACAAAAGCAGAAACAACAACAUCAAAAGGUGAAGAAACAACAACAGUAACAACAUUAUCAAGCUCAGUAACAACAGCAAAAAACUCAACAGUAGGAAUGACAACAAUCACAGCUACAUCAACAACACCAGAAGAAUCAACAACAUCAACGGGGACAGAAAUAACAACUACUGCAACAACAUCAUCAGCGGCAAUAACAACAUCGUUACCCUCAGUAACAACAUCAACAGAUGAAAGAACGACAACAACAACAAAAACAACCGAAAGAGUAGAAACAACUUUUGCAAAAACCCCAACGUACAUGAAAAGUUCUACAACUUAUGUAACAGCAAUAAAUACCAAAACUUCAACACAAACAUCACUGGUAAAUCCAAUCAGUAGUAAUAAUAAAAAUGACGAUUCUCUUGGUACGAUCAUGGCAAUAGUUGGUGGUGUAAUUUUUGUCAUAUUGAUUUUAAUCAUUCUGUUGAUUUGUUACAGAAACAGAAGAAAUUCUGCUCAUGCAAAGAACAAUGAGAAACGUGCUACAAGUUACCACCGUGACAUUGCUAGUGAUAAUAACAUGUAUGACAUUUAUCACAAUGGUUACACUUCAGCUAAUAUUAACAUGGAACCAAUUGGUGAAAAAUCUGAAGAAUGUGAUGACGAAACAUUAAAGCAACCUCCGGAGAAUGAAAUGCCUGACACUCACGAACCCAAAUUCUUUAAUCCAAUAUUAGAUGCUAUAAGUCAAGCAGAUGACCAAAGAUCUUUUACUUCCAAGACCUAAGUCUGUGGUUUUUUAAAUAACGACUAUCUACUGAAGAAUUUGUCAUUUGUAUUUUAGGCUGAAAUUUAGUAUAUUUUAUUAAAGUUAAUUAUGAUUUGUGUACCACAUUUCAUUAGCUUUCCAAGGCAAAUCCUGUUUGCUUCUUAAAGCUAUUAACAACACUAAGUAAAUGCACCAGUAAAAUUAUAUCAAAGUUAACGUUUAGAAAAUUAUUUGAUUUCUUUCUUUGUUCUUCGUAUUAUAAGCAUAAGUAGUUGUUAAUGUAUGGCUUAAUUAUACAGUAUAAUGGCAUACUUGGCGAGCGAUGUUGUUUUUGUCUUAUCUUUUCAGCCUUUAGGUGGGAAAACACAGAUUUGAUAGUUACUGACAAUUUCAACGGAGUCAAAUUAAUUUGCAGGAAGAAGUUAUCUCAAGAUACCCAUUUUGACACCGAUUUCUGUUUCAUUGACAAAGACAAAACAUAUAAAAAGGAUUUUUAAAAUCCGAAAUAAGUUGGUUAAGGACAGCAUAGCGUUAUCUACAAAAAUAUAUACGCGCUCGUUUCAUUUACUAACAACAUCUUAAAAACGCAAGCUUCAAAGUGAAAUAAAAUAGAAAUAUUCAAGUUUUGGACAUUAGUGUAUUCAUUACAAAGGACAUGUAGUACGGUUUUUCUCUCGCUCCCCGACUUCUAAAAACUUCCACAUCUGAAGUAUGGAUAGCUUGUAUUUAUUCAUUUGAGCAUCUCAGACUCAGAUUAUUCUUUGUGCUAAUAAUAAUGUCCCUGACGAAUGCAUUUCUAUGUUAUUUUUGAGUUUGUAUUGCGUAUCUGUUAUUGAUUUGAAAAAAUUAUUUUAUCAGGAA